AUGAUUUCACAAGGCAGGAAGAGAAAAAAUUAUGAAGAAGGAAAUGAAAAAAACAAGAACGAAAAAAUAUAUGAUAAAGAAAUAAUUUAUGAGCAAAUACAUUCAACCCCCAAAAAGAACAAGCCAAGAUGUUUAGUAACGUCCAAUUAUAAGGAUAAUCUGUUAAAUUAUUUUUCAGCUAUUUUGAAUAUAAGACAUUUUGGAAAUGAUUUUAAAAGAAAAUGGUACAUGCACUUUUAUCGAGUUUGUUUAUAUGAUGAGAAAAUGUAUGGAACACAUACCAGUAACAGUAGUAGUAAUAAAAAUGUGGAUAAGUUAAUUAUUGAUUAUAAUAUAGAAGAGGUAUUAAGAAAAUUACAAAGCGUAGUAGUACGAAAACUUGAUUGUGAAAAUUUGUAUUAUCAAAAAAUUUUAGUAAUAGUGUGUUUAUUAUUUGACUUUUUUCAUAAUAAGAAACAAGUUAACUUGAAAACAUUAAGGCAUUUAGAAGGAGAAGAAGAGGAUACUAAAAAUACGAUACAAGACCCAAAUGGUAGGUUAAGGCAUAAUUACAAGGAGUCUAAAAAAAGAUCCCUAAAAUCUGUAAAUACAGUUGCAUAUUCGAAUGAUGGUGAUGAUGAAUAUGAUACAAAUAAGGAAGAUAUGAUAAGUAAUGUUCGAAAUAGUAAAACGGAAAGUAACAGAAAAGAAAUAUCAAAAGAUAUGGAUAAUCAGAAAAAUUAUUAUAUUAUUGAAUUCAAAAAUAUUCUAUUUAGUGAAAAAAAAAAAUUCAAUAAUAUAGAAAUUUUUUAUCACAUAACUAAUUUUAUUAUACAUAAAUAUUGGUAUUCUCAAGAGCAUUCUACGUACAAUAUUUUCAUAUGGUUUUUAAAUUAUAUGAAUAAUAAAUUAGAGAUAAAAAAAAGUAUUCAUAAAAUAAAUGAGCAGUUAGAAAUGUUUAUUAAUUUGCACCCCAAAAUUUUCAAUAUUUCGCAUGCAAAGAAAAAACGAAAAAAAAAUGCACAUUCUAGUAAUUACACAGGUAGUGGCCAUUAUUUUGAAAAUGGGGUCUUGGAUUAUCCGAAUCUAAAAAAUAGACAUAAACAAAUAGGAGGAGGACUUUCCGAUGCAACAAAUUUAGAUAACAAAAAUAAGCAAAAUUUAGAAAAUUUAAAUAAGAUCAACAAUUUUAGUAAUUUUCAAAACUCAACAAAUACAGCUACAAACUUUUUUAGUAGUAGUAAUAGUGGUGGCGCCUUAACACUUAUGAAGAAUACGAAUACAUCUAGUGUGAAUAAUUUUAGCUCACCAUUUAAAGGGUUUGAUCAAAGCAAUAAUAUAUUUAGUAAUAAGAAUAAUGAAAGCAGUAUAUUUAUGAAAAGCAACAACCAGAACAGUAGCACAUCCAUAUUUGGAAAUCCCCUAAGCGUUAAUAAUAAUCAAUCAUCUACAAAUAGCGGAAUGUCAAAGUUUACGGGAGCCUUAUCCGGUAAUACACAAGCGCAAAAUAGCAGUACAAGUAAUAGUGAUAACAUGAACAAUACUAGUAGUAGUAAUAUUAAUAGUGGUGGUAGUAAUAACCUUUGUAGCAGUAACAGCAAUAGUAAUAGCACCUUGACUAGUAAUACGAAUUUAGGUUUGAAUAAAUCCAACAAUUCUGUACCUUCAUCAGGAAAUAUAUACGACAUAAAAAGUAAUCACAAUUUAGGGAUUCAAAGUAAUAAUAGUGUUUCGAACAGUUUAUUAGAUAUUUCUCAGAAGAAAACUUCAAACAUAUUUGAUCCAAAAAAUGCUGCUAGUAAAAAUAUGCCAAAUGUUAAUUUAACUCCUAAUAGUAGUAGCGGCCUUUUUGGUUUUAAUAAUAGUGAACAGAAUUCUUCAAUAUUUGGAAAUGUAAAUUUUAAGGAUAAUAAGAAUAUUUUCUCAUUUACUAGUAGUAACAGUAAUAAUAACAGUCAGAAAAAUAGCAUAUUUGAAAGCGCACAUGUGAGCAACGCAGGUAAUAACAAUAGUAAUAGUAAUACAACUAAUAAUGGAGCAGUAGCAGGAGGAAACCUCAUAAAUAACAGUAUGAACACAACAAAGGUUUCGUUGAAUUCUAAAUCCGUGUUUGAAAAUGAUAUGAACAUACAAAAAGCAAAUAUUUUCUCGAAUAUAAAAACUAGUGAUACUAUUUUUAACAGUACCAAUGGUGCAAGUGCUACGGUGGGUCAACCCAGCAUUUUUGGAACACAGUUAAAUAAUAGCACAAAUCAGGGUCUUUUCAACAAACCAGUUAGCGCUUUUGCAAAUAUUAGCAGUGUUAGCGGUGUAAACAGCGGCAAUGAAAACAACGGAAGUACUGUUAGUAAUAAUACAAAUGCUGCUUUAAAUUUCCACAGUAAUAAUAUGUCAAACAACAACACAAGCGGGAAUAUUUGUACGAACACAACUCAAAUGAAUACAGGAUUAUUGCAGUUUAACUCCAUGAACACAUCACAGAGUACAAAUAGUUUUGUUAAUCUUUUUAAUAAUGAAAAUGGAUCAAAGGAAUUAUUUAAAGAUUUAAAAAUAUCAAAUGAUACAGGACCUAAAUUUACUGUUAAUAAGAAACCGCUAUUUUCAAAACGGACGUCAAAAAGCUCACUCCUUACACCUAGUACUUUAAGUCAAGAAAAUAAUAUAUUUAGUUCAUUAUAUAUGAACAAAGAUAAUUUAUUAAAUAGUCAAGAAAAGCCAAUGAAGGUUAUAUUUGGUCAAAAUAACAAUAAUAAUAACACUACAAAUGAUAAUUCAAAUGUAUCUAGUACAACAGGUAUUACUUCAUUUAACGCAUUAUCAAGCAGUAACAACAAUAUCACUGGUAGUACAAACAGUUCCCUAAUGAAUAACAGUGAUAAAGGAAAUGUAUUCAAUCCGAGUAACAUUCUUCAGACAAGUACAAAUAAAGUCAUUUUUAACGCAGCAGGAAAUAGUAAUACCAGCAAUAAUAAUAGCAGUGUUUUUGUUAACAAUAGCAGUAGCAUUUUCGGUACUACGGGUAAUAACAUCUUUGGGGGAAGUACCAAUGAUAAGAGCAGUGGUAACAACAAUAACAGUGGUAACAACAAUAGCAGUGGUAACAACAAUAGCAGUGGUAACAACAAUAGCAGUGGUAACAACAAUAGCAGUGGUAACAACAAUGGAAAUAGCAGUGGAAAUAAUAACAGCUUUGGGAACAGCCUUUUUUUUAAUUCUAAUGAUAGGAGUAAAAAUGAAAUCAGUAACCCACCUAAUUUGAAUAUUCCGAUUAAAAAAUUAACAUUAGAAGAAAGGAAAAAAAAAACUACGAAAAAUAAUAUGUUAUUGUUAUUUUCAAAUAACAGUACUAAUAGUAUUUCUGAUUCAAAUAGUUUAACCGCUUCGUCCUUAGGUGUUAUAUCCUCUACAAAUAAUCUUUUAAAUAACAGUAAUAAUGUGAGUAGUGUUAAUCCUUUUAAUUUUAGCUCCUCACAAGAUAAUAGCAGUGCUACAGUUUUUAAUUUAAAUAAAAGUACAUCCUUUGGUGUAAAUAAUGAGCAGACAAGUUUUGGUAAUAAACAAACGUUAUUUGAAUUUAAUAAUAAUAGUUUGUUAAGCGCGAAGGACAAUAAUAUAGACUCAACAAAUAAUACGUUACUGAAUAACACUACGGAUAGUGCCAGUACCAAUGUUAAGAAUAAUUUGUUUCUUGGUAAUACAAAAAAUGAAGAAGAGAAAGAAAAAGAUGAUGGUGUAUCUAGUGAAAAUAAAGUAAAAAAUGUAUUUGGAAUAAUUACCAAUAAAGAGGAAAAAAGUAAAGAUGAUGGGGAAGAAGCAAAUGAUACAAAAAAGGUAAAGUUAGAACAACAGGAUGCAAGUUCUACUGCAAAAAAGGACAGUUGUAAGAAUAAAGAUGGUUAUCAAGAAGGUAAUCAAGAAGCUAAUCAAGGGAACACAUCCAUUUUUGGCCUUGGUAGUAACAAUGAUACUAAGGAGAACACGUCCAUUUUUGGCCUUGGUAGUAACAAUGAUACUAAGGAGAACACGUCCAUCUUUGACCUUGGCAGCAACAAUGAUGCUAAGGCUAAAACGUCCAUCUUUGACUUUGGUAAUAAUAACGAUGAUAAGGACAAAACAUCCCUAUUUAGCAUUAAUAUGAAUCAGGAAUACAAAAAUGUGACUCCUAGUUUUGGAUUUGGUAAUAAGCUAAGUACUGAUAAAAGUAAUAUUACCAUGUUUAAUGAAUCUUUGAAUAAUAAUGAAAAAAACAAAACAUCCAUUUUUUCAAUGGACAGUACUAAAGAGAAGACAAGAGAAAUGUCUUUUCCUAAUACAGGAAAUGAAAACAUUUUUACUAUGAUGAAUACUAACAAUAGUGGGGGAAUUAGCAUGAUUAAUGGCAAUACAUUAAAUAUAGACCAUUUUAAUGAAAAUAAAUCAUGUGAGAAUAUAAAUUAUGAUGAUGUAAAAAACAGAAAAAGAAGAAGAAAUUUUGAUAUGGAAGAACAAGUGGAUAUAAAUGAAUUUCGUACUAAUUCUGUUGAAUUUAAGGAAAAGGGUUUCUUAGAUGAUAAGGAUCAAUGGGGACUAAAUAAUAGACAAAAUAAGAUAAAUGCAAAAAAAUCAAGUGGUUAUAAUAAUUCCUUUAAUGUAAAUGAUUCAUAUAAUAAUGAGGAUAUGUUUUUUAAAAAAAGUAAAGUUGGUAAUGCAUUAAGUGAUACGAAAAAUAUUCUGAACAAUUUGAAUUUUAAUAAUAUUCCAAGUAAGGACAUACUAUGUGCAUCAAUAAACGAACAAAGAAUAAAUUCAAGAGAAAAUAAUUUAAUCGAAAAAGAUGUUUUAAAUAAUGUGGGUACGAUGGUAUCAAGUAAUAAACACGUAGGAAAUAUCUUUAAAAAUGACGAUUCCAUUUUGGGUGCAACCACGAUGCACCACGAGGCGGAUGAAAAGAAGAAAGAGAAUUUUAUGAGGAAUCAUUAUGAUACUAAAAACUAUCAAAAUAAUAGUAAUUAUGAUGGUAAUUGUGACAGUAAAUAUGGUAAUAAUUAUGGUGAUACUUAUUAUGAUGACUUUAGUGAGACCAGACCCUUUGGCAAUACAUCAGAUGCACAUGAAGAGAGGAAGGUCCCAUUUCAAGAGAGUUGUAAUAACAAUAAUAGUGGGAACAUGAACGAACAAGAUGAUUCGUACCUACAAAAUCGUCAAGAAAAGAAACAUAGAGCAAAUGGGUCGUAUGAUAGAAUGAGGCUGACCCAGAAACAGAGGGAAGAACAGAUUAUUUGUAAAGAAAAAUUGAAAAUGAACGAAUAUUUAAUGCAAGUGGAGGGUGAUAAUAAUAUCAAUAAUGUUAAUAGUAGCAAUAUCUAUGGAAAUAGUGAUAUGUUUUUUAUCAACGAUGAUGACAAUAAUAACUCACGGGGUAACAGAAAAGAGUACAUGCCAAUACUGGAUAAAAAAAGCUUAGAGAGAAUUGUUACAUAUAAUAAGCAAAUAUCUUUUGAUGAUAUUGAUGUUGAUUUAGACAAAGAUGUAAUUGAUCUAAAUGAUUUAAGACACCAUUUAUUUUUGUGUGCAUUAAAUUUUCAUUUAAAUUAUUGGGCAGAAAAAGUUAUAUUGUUUUAUCCUCAUAAUGAAAAAAUUAAUAAAUAUUGCAAUAAAAUUAUUAAAAUUAAAAAUCAAUUUGACGAAACGUAUGAUUUUACUCUGUUUGAACAAAUACAUGUCUUAUCAAGAAGAUUAUUAAAAACGUUAGAUAUAAAUUGUUGUAUAUAUGAAAGUGUAUUAUUCCUAUCAGCUGAAAAUAUGUAUGUUUUAAAAAAUGCAAAAUUAUCAUUAUUUGAUGCUUUUAAUAUUUAUCAUUUUUGGUAUCAAAAGAAUAGUUCUGAUAUCAAACGAAAUUUUCAAAAUUUUAUGUACACCAAUAAAAUUUAUCCAUCCUACUUAAACUAUUACAUGAACUUGUACAAAAAUUAUAAAUCAUUUAAUUGUAAAUAUUCCCUAGAUGAGGAAAAUAAUAAAAAAGUGAAAGGGAAAAACAAAAGGAAAAAAAAUUCUCAUAUUAAGCAAAAUACUAGUGUCCGUUCCUCUUCCAGCAUUCGAAACAACUCUUUUGUUUCUGGUGCUAAUUCGAGAAAAGGUGCAUCCGAUUUGACACAUCGGAAGAAGAAGUCAAACGAAUUAAGUGAUCAUGCAUCAAGUGGAGAUGGUCAGCAUUCAGACCGUUCGCGUUGUUCAUAUCACGCAGAUCGUGCAGACAGUGCAGACAGUGCAAUCCGCUCAGACCAGUCUUUUUCUGACCAUGAGUUAAAGCGUAGAAGGCGAAAACUGUGCUCUAAGGGGAAUAGAAGGGAGGAGGAGUUUGACCAACAAAGCAGCGAUCGAAACGAUGUGGGGAAUUACGAUCAAAAUGAUGAUGAGAGUGACGAGGAAAUUUACGAUCAAAAUGAUGACGAAAAUGAUGACGAAAAUGAUGACGAAAGUGAUGAAGACAGUGAUGAAGACAGUGAUGAAGAGAAUUAUGACAAAAGCGACUAUGAAAGUGACGACACAAGUAACCACUACAGCCACAGUGGUUACGACAGUGAUGUAAGGGUGCAGAGAAAAAGGAAAGGGAAAAAGAGGAAGAAGCAGAAAAAGAACACACCUGACGAAAACAACUUGAUAGAUAUUCUGAAUUCAAAUAGCAGCGAUAUAUCCGAUGUGAUGGAUAACAAUUACAAGGACGAACCAUUUAACAUAAAUAUAAAGGAAAAAUAUAUUUACCUGUCAAAAGGGAAAAAGAGGAAAAGCAAACUAUUCCUACCCGCACAUAUAAAGAUAAAGAAAUUAAGUGCAUGCGAAUGUAUUUUACUAGAAUUAAUUCUAAAAAAUGAUAUCCUAAAUGUGUUGAAAAAAUAUAGGAUUUUUAAAAUGGAAAAAUAUGAAUUUUUAUACGUAAAUUUAAUUGCUAUGUUAAAGCAUUAUAAUUAUUUUUCUGCAGAAAAACUAGAAGAGGAUGCAAUAGAAAAACAAGAAAUAAAUAAAUAUUCAUCAGCCAUAAAUGGUACAAAUAAUAACUUAAGAAAAAUUAGUAACCACUUAGAUAAUAAUUGUAUAAAGACAAAAAAUGAUAAAAUCAAUAUUUUAAAAAAAAUUUGUGAUAAAAAUUUAUUAUAUUAUAUUAAUAUGCAGUUAAAAAAUAUAUCCCAUUUAUUAAGUUUUAACGAAAUCGAAAUAGCAUGUGCUUAUUUAAAUCAUAUAAAAAACAAUCUAUAUGUUAUGUUUCAAAUGCCUAUUUUAUUAUUUAAUCUAUUAUUUGAUAAAAUCGUUACCUCAUAUAAUCAUUUUAUUAUCCUGGAAAACUUUUUUAAUAACUCUUGUUUAUAUUGUGAUUUCAGAUAUGAGUAUAUCUUUAAAACCAAGAUUGCUUAUAUGCUUAUAAAAAAGUUUUUUGCCUUAGAUGACAUAGAAAAUUCGAUUAACUGUGCAUUAUAUUUUGAACAUUGUAGAGUGAAGGCUCAGAAAAAUAACAUAUAUAAUGAUUAUAUUUUUCAUAAAAGUUUAAUAAAUGCUUACAUAAUUGUUCAUGAAGAUAUUGUACCAGCAGAAUGGAUAGAGGCCAAAAAUUCCAAAGAUGGAGAACUAAAUGACAUGAACAAUUCAGAAUAUUUAGAUUAUUAUUCAUUCUUUUUUAAAGAUAUAUCUAAAUAUAUUAAAUUUCACAUUAUGGACAAAAUAAUAACGGGCAAUAUUUUUAGCUUACAUAAGGAGGAAUGCACGAACUCCGAUGAAAGGAAAGCAUCAAUCGAUAGGAGUAAUAGAGGCAGCCACAGCAGGAGUGACAAUAUUGGUAGUAGUGCCAAUAACAAAGGUAAUACAGGAAAUUACAAUAGCAACGGAGGAAAUAACAACAAUAACAGCGGAAAUAACGACAGUAACAGUGGAAAUAACGACAGUAACAGUGGAAAUAACUGCAGUAACAGCAGAAAUAACGGCAGUAACAGCAGAAAUAACGGCAGUAACAGCAGAAAUAACGGCAGUAACAGCAGAAAUAACGGCAGUCAGGAGGAAAAGAAAUUUUCGUGCUAUUUCCUCUACAUGGUAAACAAGUCAUUACUGGACGACCUGCUUAAUAUUUAUUCUUCCAAGGGAGAAUAUUUUUAUAAACGCGGUUCAUCAGCUUUGAUAAAUAAUGUAUUUGUAAAAGAUUAUGAUAAAGUGCAUAAUAAACACUUCCAUAUGUAUGUUCAAUUAGCUAAUAUAAACAAUUUUAUGAAAAAAUUUUUUUCUGAAUAUAUCAAUUUUUUUAAAAAAAAAGAAUUAUAUCAUAUUGAUAAAACAAAAAAUGAAGAUGAAAUUAUGGAAAAUUUAGUUAAUGUAAUAAAAAGUAACGGGAAAAAAAUUGCUCUUGUAAUAAAUACUUUAGUAGAAAUUAUAAGAAAUAUUGAAAAGCGUAUAAUAAAGGAUGUAAAUAUUUAUAUAACCAUCAAUAUACGAAAUUUAAUAAUUGAUACUUUUUAUUUAUUUAAAUAUAUUUUUAAUAACAAAGAAUUCUCUUUAAAUCUUGUUGAUGACUUGUAUAGAAAUCUUGUAUUGUUCAAUGACAUAAUAAAUUCAGCCUUUUCAGAUGAUCUUCAUUUUUACCCCAAGGAACAAAUUAAAGAAUUGUACAUAUUUAUAAAACACAAAUUCACACAUCAGAAUAUGAUAGAUUGA